AUGGAGGAGGUGGUGAAGAAACGGCCGAUUAUCUCUGCAAGAGAAAGAGGCCCGGGCCCUGGACGCUACGCUCUGCCCCCUACAGUUGGAUACAUGAACCAUGACUUUACAAAACCCAGCAGCCCAGCGUAUUCCUUCCACAGCCGCAUGAGCAGCGCCAUGGUGUCUGUGGACUCCAGCCCAGGACCAAGGUACCUUAUUGAUGCUAAAGUCACCCGGUUUGGCCGCAUGGACACCCCAUCCUACUCCAUUUUGGGCAGAGGAAAGCUUAUAGGGAAUAAACGUGAGCCGUUCCAGACUCCUGGACCGGGGGCCUACAGUCCAGAGAAGGCUCCACCUCUCAACGCUCACCGCAGACCUCCGUCCUAUACUAUCGGCUCUCGGACCAGAUAUCGUUCUGUGGAUGUCGUACCAGCACCAAACAGCUACAGUCUCCCGAAUGUGCUGGGCUGUCAGGUUCCCCACAAACCCUCCAGUGCCAGUUACAGCUUCUCAGGCCGGAGGACGGUUGGAGCACCCUCUGAGGAUCUCUCCAGGGGUCCUGGACCAGGAAAGUACAACAGCACCAACCCGGACAUUUACCGCCAGCGACAACCCUCCUUCUCCAUGCAGAGCCGGACUAAGAGGCCCAAUUAUUCCUCUGCUAUUCCCGGACCAGGAACCUACAGCCCAGAGAGGUUUUACAUGCACCUCCCCAGACCGCCAUCCUUCACUCUGGGAGUCCGACACUCUGAGUUCGUCACACCACUUGUGGUGGAUGCAACUGACUGA